CUUCCAACAAAGGGAUAAGUCAUCAAUUGUUCAUUCAAUAGCGAGUGGGAACCCUACAAGAAGUAUUAAGAACUUCAAAGACCACGCCACCAUAGAAACACCGAUGCACUCGCUUCGAGAAGUUGUUUCGUGUUCAUAUUCAGAUUUUAUUUAAUAACUCAUGCACUUUUUGUUUCCUUUAAAAUAAUUUCAAAGAAGGGAAUUACAAGGAUUAUCCUACAUACUUUUACAUUAAGGAUGUUGGCGGGUGAUGUGGAAUAAGAAUAACGUUUAUAACUAAUCAAAUUCACAAUGGCGGCUUCUAAACUACCAAGUUAGUUUUCAUCAAUCGAAUAACAACAAAGAGUAAACGAUGACCAGUUCUAUAUUCAUCCCAAUCACGCCGGUGAUGAAGCAGGCUAUUGAGGGUGGAGAUGCCAUUGGAUUGGAAAGAAUGCUUAAAGCAGGAAUGAAUCCUAACAUGAUAGAAACGCAAACUGAGAAUGGCGUUAAAAGUCAGCAUUCAGCUCUCAUCCUGGCUAUCUCUCUAAAUCAAAUCGAGGUAGCUGAUGUACUCAUCAAAGCUGGUGCUCAUGUCAAUACAAUAUUCUUGAAUUAUGACAGUGCCAACAAGUGUAUGUAUGGCAUAUCGGCUCUAGCUACAACCCGGAUGUUAUAUGAGUUUACACUGAGUAAUACUCUAGGCACAAUGCUAAAUACCUUGGAAGAACGCCUGAAGAACACAGAGGGCAGAGAACCAUAUAAAGUGCCUCCAGUUCAUCUUCCAAAGGAUGUUCCCAACGAGGUACUGGUGGACUCGGUAAGAGAAGGUGAUCUCGAUUCAGUAACCAUCUUACUGUCACAUGGAAUGGAUGUUAACUUCGUUCAUAUCGAUGGAGAGACGGGUUAUGCUAUGUCAAUCUUGAUUCUAGCAAUCAUAAGAAGGCGAUAUUCCGUAGCGGCUUUCUUACUUGAAAAGGGUGCUGAAUGCGAUACGGUUUAUCUGAACUAUGACAAGGAAGAGGAUAAUGUGAUUGAUUUAACAGCAUUAACAGCAGCAGAGAUGAUCAAAGGAAAAUGUCCAUCCAAAGAAUUAGAUGCAUUUAUUCAUCUCUUAGCUGAAGCACUUGGCAAAGUGAGUGGAGAGCCUAGAAUUAUCCCGUCGAAAGAUAUCCCAAAGGCUAAAUUGGAGACACUUCCGCGAUAUCGAAAAAAAGUACCGCGUAUCUUCAUCGCCAGCGUCAAUGAAGAUGAGGUCGAGGAAAUUAAGGCAUGGGACAGUGUCAGUGUAGUCAGUAUCAAUAACGGACGUGGACAUAUCUACAAGGAAACAGCAGCUGAUAACGACAAUGACCAUGAGAACAAUACAGUGUCAAGUACAAGUACUGAUGAUCACCAUGACAGUAGAUUAAUUAAUAAUGAUAAGAAUAAGGAUGAGAACUCAAACAAACAGUCUUCAACAUGUCUUAUACUGUGAUUGACAGUAGAAUAUGUCAACAACACAAUCAUAAUAGUGGUUACAACAAUGCAAACAACAUAAGAGGACGGAGAAUAAAACUGAGGAGAUGAAGUGAUACGACAACAUAUUGAGAAAGCUUCAUUUUUAUGAACCAGAUGUCAAGAAACAAAGGUUGUACAUAAUUAGGAAAAGUUACUUCUGUAAUGAAAUUUGUAUGAUUGAAAUGCAGAAUGCAAUGCACAUCCUGAGUGCACGUCGUGAUGAAAUCUGUGAUGCAGAAUAAGCCUAUAUAGAUUUAGAUGUGACUUUUAACCAUGGCCGCAUGUAGUAGCAAAAAUGACUACGUGUGGCGGGGGGGGGGGGGGGGUGCACUCACGUAUAAUGGUAUGGGCAUGUGCAUGUGCAUGUGAGGCUCUUAAGACCGCCUUUUCAAGACUUACCAGACGUUCCCAAGCAUAUCACCAUUUCGCCUUUUUAUUGACCAACCCGUUCUCCCCCAUUCCUAUAUGCCCCUCAUCUCAGGCGUCUGUUCUCAAGAUUUAAUGUCACGUUAAUUUCUAGGUCGUAAGCGCCCCCAUUUGUAGAGGGCCAUCUAACUUGUCUGCUCUUAAGCCCCUUAUUUUAUGGGCAACUUGCAAGGGUAUGGUUUCAGAUUUUGGGGCUAUACACAUACCCUUUCCAAAUGUGAGUGCCCCUCCCCCUGAUCCAGGGAGAGGUGACAGAAAAAUUUAUAAAGCGAGAGAACUCUAUUGCAGAGAGGGUGGUUUUUCACCUUUUAAUUCAGAUCGAAAGAUCUCAGCAUAAAUUAUGUUCGGUUUUAUUUUGUGAAAAUUCUUAAUAUAACUAACAAAGUAUUUUUAAUAGAUUUUAAAUAUUUAUGGGACAUUCUCAGCCCACACUCGCCCUUGUCUUAGAACAUUAGACCUGCUGUAUUCUUGAGUUUCCGAUUAAUUCGCCCCAACAGCCCCCCCCCCAAAGGAUUUUUUUUUUAAAUACUUUUUCUUUUUAUCUUUGCAUGAAAUUUAAAGGCACGUAAGUAUUGAGUAUUUUCUUUUUUUUUAAUUAAGUGUCUAUUUAUGGCGCGCGAAGCGAUUUUUUUUUCACACAUGGAUGCAUUAUUUUAACACCAGCAGUACUUGCCGUUGUACAUACAAAUUAAUUGAAAUUCACCCUUUGAAUUGUUAACAUUGCAUGUGUAACGGGGUUCGAAUAAGUGCUAUGAUAUUGUAAUUAUAGUGACAAAUAAUUCUUGUAAAUUGUACGGGCGCGCCUUGUUGUCCAUGAACUGAUGAAAGAAAUGCAACAUUAUAUACACCAAUAACAUAAAUAAAUGAUGAUGAUAUGAACUUUUAA